UUUAUUCUCUUUUUUCCUUGAUUUGGGAAGGGUCGAAUUUUUCUUCCGGUGUUUGCUAAAAGAAGGAAGCAAAUUAGGUUCUGUGACUUGCCCAUUUCCGAUAGUUCUCCAGAUUUGUGGUCUGGGAAUAAUGCUUAGAGUCUGUAUAUUAGAAUAAGAGGGGAGGGUGGCUGGAGCAGACAAUCAAUCAAUCAAUCAGCCAUUUCGCUUUGUUUCACCGUUUUCUCCCCAGGAAGAUUUUUCCUAGGGUUUCCAAGACGGAGCUAGUCAUUUUCAUGAGCUCAUUUUGAGUGUCCAUAAAAUUUUAUUUUCUGGUUUCUGAAGUUGGAGAUAUAUAGUGAGAAUCAAAUCGCCUUUUGCGAGAAUCGUUUUAUUUGAGGGUUAAGAAGGCCAGAGGUCUGAAACGAUGGUGAGGGGAAAGACUCAGAUGAAACGCAUAGAAAAUGAUACAAGCAGGCAGGUCACCUUCUCCAAGCGAAGAAACGGGCUGCUUAAGAAGGCUUUCGAGCUGUCUGUGCUAUGCGAAGCUGAAGUUGCACUCAUUAUCUUCUCGCCCAGAGGCAGGCUUUCUGAGUUCGCCAGUUCUAGAUACUUCAGUGUGAAUAAAACGGUUGAACGCUACCUAAGGAAAGUUAAGGACCGGGGUCUGGGCACCAAAGGAAGCCAGGCAAAUACGCAGGAAGGUACUAUUAACAUGACUAAGAAGAUAGAGCAUCUUGAAGUUCUUAAAAGGAAGCUUCUGGGAGAUGGUUUGGAUGCGUGUUCUAUUGACGAGUUACGUCAGACAGAGAACCAGCUGGAACAAAGCUUAAGUAAAAUUAGGGCAAGAAAGGAUCAACUGUUGAAGGAACAGAUCCAGGAGCUAAGAGAAGAGGAAAAGCGCUUACUGGACAUAAAUGAAGAGUUACGGGAGCAGUUAUCACAGUGUGGCGAUGAACUGCGGCGGCGGAAUUCGCCUGAAGAGCAGGAUGUUGAGCACCGGAAUGACGGAACGGAUGGCGUGGAGACAGAGUUGGUUAUAGGGCCACCAGAGAGACGAAUGCCUUGAAACACACGUCAUGCACACACACACACACACUCAUAUUUAUAUGUAUUCAUCUUUCAUUUUGCUUAAAUGUCUGUGUUUAAUUUUAAUAAUGCUGCUCUGAAAAAGUGAAAACUCACCCCAAUAACCUGCGGGAAUUUUCAUGUGUGAUGUCAGUUUUUGUUGUUGUGCCUCUCCAUGGGAAAUCAAAUAAUUUCUGUUUACUAUUGA